AUGCGAGGAUUAUGGACUCAAGCUUCCCGACCUAGACUGACGGCCGUCUCUCAUCAUCUCUCGUGUGUCGACUCUUUCAGUUCCACACUCGUCCGCAAGACUACGACCAGACCUCCGAGGCGCCGACCGAGCUUCGCUGAGCACGUAUUCACCCUGCUUCUGACUCCCGUCCUCGCCGCUGCUCUAUUUGUGGACACGAGCUGGAAGGCAAAACAAAGAAGAGACUGGGAUGACAAACUUGCUGCGAUCAACCAUGAGAUAUCUCAAUUGAGGGAGCAGGAGCAACGGCUUCGGAGCUCCCUCCAGCUCCGGGACAUCCACUAUGGACUCUAUCAACAGCGGAGGAGUUAUGCCACGGCGGCGUAUGCACAGGUGGAAGUUGAGGAUGAACAGAUCCUCAGCGAAAUUGAGAUGCCAACAUGGGAGGAAGGCAUUUCCAUCGAAGACGAGGUCCCUGCGGACGAGAAUCCACGAAUACGGGAGGUACUCUCUGCCAAAGAAUUCUCGCCGGAGCAGUUAUCCAAUUUCCACCGCUAUCAUCGCCUGAAUGCAGUCACUCUGGCUCUAAGGAUGCUCCUACAUCUCCGCAUUGGCCCCAACCCGUUCUACUCGAUAACUCCCGAGGACGACCCAGUCGACAUUGCGGCCCUCGAUAGCCUCGAUCCUUCCAGCAGGGUUAGUCUUCCCACAGAUACGGAUCGCUUAGUUCAGAUGUUGGCUUUGACCCGCAAGCAGAUGCGUUCCCUCCGGAAGCUCGACGACCUUUUCUACGCGGCCCCUCAGAUCCAAGCGCAGGCAAACCGAGGCGCUCUUCACCGAACAAUCCAAGAUUUGACAGUGGAGUUCGACGCUGGAAAUGUCUCGCUUCCGGGGUUGAUAGACGGGUAUGGAAAGGCCAUCCUUCGAAGCAAAGAAGUGCCUUCCAUAUCUGUCUAUGUCAUGCUCAUCCGCUCGCUGUCCAAGGUAGGGAGCUAUAGCCUUGCCUACCACGCCGCUGCUGCUAUGAAGAAUAGUACGCUGCCGCUUUCGGACCCUGCCAUCUUUUACAUGCUCUUGCAGAUUGGAAGAGCCUGCGACUCGCGGUCACUGAAUAACUUGCUGCACUAUAUCGCAAACUCUGAUAACCCGCUGAAUCUUAUCCACAAGUGGGAGAAAGCACGUGUCCAUGGACUGGACUUGCCCGUGCCAGCCACAUUGAAUCCGAGGCUUCUGAUGGCUCUGGUCUAUGUUGCCCUGAGAUGUGAACAGCCUGACCGAGCGGAGGCAUGGCUAAGCCUGCUCCGGGAGGCCGACUACGGCAGCCUGUGGAAAGACGACUUGUUCAGGAGCUUCCUCGCUUACCACUCGCAGCACGGCAAUUGGGAAGAAGGCAAAAAAUGGAUACAACGAUCCGUCAACCACGCAUUAUCAAUUGCGAAUCAGUCGAUUGAUCGCCUGGCCCGCGUGAUAUACCGCAUGCUAGAUUUGUGUGUGCGUUGCCGCAAACUCGCCGAAUACACAGCCAUUCUCGACGCGGCCGUGGAAUCCGGGAUUGGCCCUCCGCCCGUGCAAAAGUCACAGAACGACUAUAGGAAGUUUCAUCCUAGGACACGCAGUAUCCUCCUCGAGUGGGAAGCUUUGCCUCUUCCAGACAAUACCGAAGCAUGCCCUGUCAUAGACAAAGCCAAAUCUUUUCAGUAUGCAUGCAGGUCUCUGCUUGAGCAACUUUGCCAGACACCGCCAGCUAGAGCAACGAAGCGGCAGGGAGAUGCUGAUGAAGAUCUCGUCCUCAUGGCGAGCACCGCUUCCAAUCCCAACCAGCGCUACGCUGUGCGAAGGCGAGGACAAGACGCUGUGCACUCAAACAACGCCAGUGCACUCGUUCCGGCGGAACUUGAAAAACUACAAAGCAAGCUCGCCGAGCAAGAUGUCCUCAUCUCCGAGAUGAAAGCCAGACUAGAUCUUGCUCUCCUACGCCAGACAUCACAUGAGAAGGAAGCAGCUGGAAGGCAAGAACGAUGGAUUCAGAGCGCCGCCCGUGUGGCCCAAGAAGUGCGUGAAACCAAGGAAGGCUUUGAAAAAUUGCAAGGCAGAUUUGAGGCACAAGAAGCCAUCAUUCUACAGUUGAAAGUCAGAUCGGCUCUUGCGGCCAGCCGUCAACAGUCCUGGCUAGAAGAUGACAGUGAAAGGUCACAAAAAUGGACUGAGAGCACAGUUCAGAUGACAGAACAACUUCAAGAGCUGAAAGACGGGUUUCAGAAGUUGCAAAGCCUUAACGAGAUGUAUGAGCAGGACCGUGUACAGACUCGUCAAGAGAUCGCGGAGUUGAAGGCGGCUGCUAGACUCGUGAACGAGCAAUCGCAAGGCAGCCAAGAUCAAGCGCCUACAACAGGCACAGUCCAUUACAUGCUCCAGAAUGGCGCUUCAGCACGAAGCGAAGCGGCGAAGAAACACGAGAGCUCAAAGCCGAUUGAUGUUCCACCAACGAAGACCCUUCCUCGAGACAACGGUCCCUCGGUAUCCUCAAGCAAAGCGACAAGACAAGCCCUGAAGGCGCAGCAAAAGCAAACCCCCAUGUCCCAACCACAGGAAAGCAGCGGCAUAGAUAUGAAUGAUCUCCCAGCAGAUGAAGACACUCUACGCACGACGGUGACAACGCCGAAAGAAGCGGGCAAAAUGACCAAGUCGGCCCGAUUACAGUACGAGUCAAACACCGCAAAGGCGGAACAGAACCCAACAGGAGGCCCGCCGUCCACGGAAAAAGCAAAGUCCCAGGACACGAGGAAAUCCCCGUCAAGAAGAGCACAAUCGACUCUACCAUCACGAAUUAGAAAAGAAACCAUUUCGCCGUCCAUCCUAUUGCAACCCCCCUCCGAGGCGGACGUCAGAGAUAGCACGACAAGCACAGAUGGCCCACCACACGACGACAACACUCCGACCAUCACCAAGAUUUUCCAUACAGGUGCCAAACAGUGGCAGCAGAGGACACCCUCGAACAACAGUCCAGAUAGAUUGGUCCGGUUUGGGAGCAGGAGGGUGCGGCUCAAUGCUCGUAUAAAACCGAGCCUGGAUACUCGUACAGUCCAGCCCGACUGA